AUGACAUUAAGUCGAGUAAUUUCAAAAAUUAAAGAAAUAAUUUUUGAUCUAGCAAGUGAAGCACCUUCAAAUGAUGAAUUGUUUUUAGAUGAGGAUACUGUAUUCGAAUUAGAUACUACAGAUAUGCAAUAUAUUGAUGAUAAUGAAGUCAUUAGCAAUAUUAUAAAAAAAAUAAUUUUCAUUAAAGAUCCAUUAGAUAUGACAGAUAUUGAAAAGCAACAAAUUAUUCAAAAUCUUCAUGAUGAACUUGGAAAGAUAAAAGAAAUAACUCUUGAAUCAAAUAAUUUACCUUUAUUUAAUUUAAAAACUUCAAUAUGCUCACAUAAAGAAUAUCUUCAGCAGUGCCAAAUGAAAAGAAAAAAAGAAGUUCCAAAUGUACAAAUUCUUGACAAAAUUUCAAAUUAUUUGUUAUUACCAUUAGCAUUAGAAACAGAAAAUCCUUUGAAAUGUCAAUUACUUUUACAGAUUAAAUCUGAAUUUACUCAAUUCAGAUUAUAUUCAGAUUUAACUGGAUAUAUAAAAUAG